ACUGACCGCGAGCUCAACUGCUCCCUGACGGACCCGGCCUCCGGCGAGACCUACAACGCCUCCGUCCUCCUCGACGUGCAGUAUAAGCCGGAGAUCCUGCGGGCAGACGCCCGCUACCAGGAGGUCGAGGGCGCGGGGCUCCUCCUGGUGCUCUUUGUGCUGGUGCAAGCCAACCCGCCCGCCAGCAUCACCUGGGUGGACCCGGACGGGCACGCGAUGGCCAACGCCUCCGAGAUCCUCCUCCUGGGCACCACACGCUACCCGGGGCUGGCCAACCACUCGCUCUGUGUCCACCUCGACAGCGUGGCCGGCAACUUCUCCGUCAGCGCUGCCAACAGCGUGGGCGUCACCAACGCCUCCCUCCUGCCCCCAG